ACCAAAAUAUCUCUUUGUCCCAAUCAUCUUUGAUAUUGCAUAUUUGGACUUUUUUUUUACUAUUUACUUUCACUUGAACUACAUCAAUUUUGAUAAAUUUCAUCUUGAGCAUGUGGCGUUAGAGCCUCUCUUUAAAGGAGCAGUUGGAUUCAUCUGAGAUUUCCACAUGUGUCUGUCCUUCACAUCUACCAAGUUUUAUUUCUUCAGUUAAUGGUCGUUAAUAAGCUAAGAGGCUCUUUAUGAAAGUGGUGGGACUUUACAGGAUAUGGACUGUGACGCCUUCUUCUAUAUAAACUUUGUCAUCUGGAUAUAAUAUUUAGAACUAUAAAAAACCUUGUGGAGUUAUUGCUCCUCUCAGUCUUAGGUAAAGGAUGCAUCAUGUGUGGAGCAGUGUUUGUGAGUGAUCUGCUCAUGGAUUGAUAUAGAUUAAUAAUUACAAAGUGCAACUGCAAAUCCAAGUUCCCGCUUGAGAAUGGAUCCCGAGAUAGGAAAUUUAAGUUUUCGAAAGAAGGAAUCUUGGAAGUCCAUCUUGCUUUUAGCGUAUCAGAGUCUAGGAGUUGUUUACGGAGACUUGAGCAUCUCCCCUUUGUAUGUCUACAAGAGCACAUUUGCAGAAGAUAUAACACAUUCAGAAACGAAUGAAGAGAUUUUUGGUGUUCUUUCAUUUGUGUUCUGGACACUGACUCUUGUCCCUCUCUUCAAGUAUGUGUUCAUAGUCCUUAGAGCUGAUGACAAUGGCGAGGGUGGGACAUUUGCACUUUAUUCUUUGAUAUGCAGGCAUGCCAAUGUUAGCCUUUUGCCUAAUAGACAGGUUGCAGAUGAGGAGCUCUCUACUUAUGUGCUGGAAAAUGCUAGAGAAGCUAAGAAUAAGUCUAGGACACAAAAUUGGCUAGAAAAGCACAAAAACCUGCAUGUUGUGCUGCUAAUAGUUGUUAUGCUGGGUACUUGUAUGGUGAUUGGUGAUGGCGUCCUGACUCCGGCUAUAUCAGUUUUCUCUGCAGUUUCUGGACUUGAAUUCUCUGUGUCGAAAGACCAUCGUGAAUAUGCUGUGGUUCCAAUCACUUGCUUCGUGCUGUUGUGCUUGUUUGCCCUCCAACAUUUUGGCACUCACCGGGUUGGAUUCUUAUUUGCGCCAAUUAUUCUAACUUGGCUAUUAUGCAUUAGUGCCCUUGGCAUAUACAACAUCAUCCAUUGGAAUCCUCAUGUUUAUCAAGCCCUUUCUCCAUAUUAUAUGUUUAAAUUCUUGAAGAAGACCAGAAAGGGUGGAUGGAUGUCUUUAGGAGGAAUACUACUUUGCAUAACAGGCUCAGAGGCAAUGUUUGCAGAUCUCGGUCACUUCUCAUACACUGCUAUUCAGAUUGCCUUCACCUUACUAGUUUACCCAGCGCUAAUAUUGGCAUACAUGGGUCAAGCUGCUUACUUGUCACAGCAUCAUAAUACCAGCUACCAGAUUAGCUUUUAUGUAUCAGUGCCAGAAAGUGUGAGAUGGCCUGUUCUUGCUAUAGCAAUACUAGCUGCAGUGGUGGGAAGCCAAGCAAUCAUCAGCGGGACAUUCUCCAUCAUAAAUCAGAGCCAGUCUCUUGGUUGCUUUCCUAGAGUUAAAGUAGUUCAUACUUCUGAGAAAAUACAUGGUCAGAUCUAUAUACCAGAGAUCAACUGGAUGCUCAUGGUUCUUUGCAUAGCGGUUGCUGUUGGGUUCAGAGACACAAAACGCAUGGGCAAUGCAUCGGGACUUGCAGUAAUCUCAGUGAUGCUGGUUACUACAUGUCUGACAUCCCUCGUUAUGAUCCUCUGCUGGCGUAAACCUCCACUCCUCGCUCUCAGCUUCCUCAUUUUCUUCGGGUCCAUCGAGGCCCUCUACUUCUCCGCCUCUUUAAUCAAAUUCCUUGAAGGUGCUUGGCUCCCUAUCCUUCUCGCACUCAUCCUCAUGUCCGUCAUGUUCAUAUGGCACUAUGGCACCAUAAAAAAAUAUGAAUCUGACCUAUACAACAAAGUAUCCCUUGACUGGCUCCUAACUCUAGCUCCAAACCUUGGCAUUGUCCGUGUCCCUGGUGUCGGUCUCGUGUACUCUGACCUAGUCUCUGGCAUCCCCUCCAAUUUCUUUCGAUUUGUAACCACUCUUCCUGCCUUCCACCGGAUUCUUGUUUUUCUUUGCGUGAAAUCUGUACCCGUCCCCUUCGUCCCGCCUGCUGAGCGAUACCUCGUUGGGCGCGUGGGCCCACCCUCGCACCGGUCCUAUCGAUGCAUUGUCCGCUAUGGUUACCGUGAUGUCCACCAAGACAUUGACUCAUUCGAGUCUGAGCUUGUUUCCCGCCUUUCUGACUUUAUAAAACUUGAAUCAGCUUAUCAAUGUGCAAGCAAUCCGAAGGAAGACGGUUUAGCUGUUAUUGGGUCGAAUGAUGAGAGUAUUGGACCCAUUAACGGGAAGAAGGUUCGGUUCUUAGUUGAAGAAAAUGAUAGUUUCGAGGUCGCGAAGGGAGUGAGGGAUGAGCUCGAGGAUUUGAUGGAGGCGCGUGAGGCGGGGAUUGCGUUUAUAUUGGGCCAUUCUCAUGUGAAGGCAAAAGCAGGUUCGUCGAUGUUGAAGAAGGUGGCGAUCGAUUUCGUGUACAACUUCUUGAGGAGGAACUGUAGAGGACCUGACGUAGCAUUAAGAGUGCCUCCUGCAUCUUUGCUUGAGGUUGGAAUGGUUUAUGUACUGUAA